AUGGGUAGGCUAGCCGGCAGCGACCACGACAAGCACAAGCCUGGCGAAACGGGUGGAACCCAACAAAGUGGGGGUGGUGGAGAUGGCACUGGACAUGGACAAGACACCAUGGACCACGAGAAGGGCAGGGAGGGUGGAACAUGCGGCCCAGAGCAGCCGCGUGGAGGAACCGGCAAGGGUGGCGACGACGUGUCCGAGGGGGGCAAACGGCAGGCGACCAAGGGCGGGCUUUCAACGGGUGCGCCGGCAGGGGACUGCGGCGGGACAACGGAUAUGGAGAUCCGUCAACUACGAAAGAAAUCUCAUCGGUUUCAGCGGCCCGCACUCGCUCGAGAGGGGAGGGGAUUCUUCGAGAUUGGCGUGGGUACUCGCCUUCACACAGGAGCAUGGACACCUAGCCCGGCAUGGGGGACAGUCAUGAGGGUCAAUGCAGACGAAGAAGACAAGAUCGUAUCGUAUGACGCCCUCAUGGACACGGAGUGUACGGUGUCAACGGUGUCCGCUCGCAAUGUGGAGAUUGACGUGAAGCAUGCGAGGGAGGUAGACAAGAGCAGUGCGGGUGCUCCCAGGAAGUCGGGAGGGCGGGGCGGGGCCGACAAGAAAGGCAGGUCGGGAGUGGAUGAGGGGUCGGAGCCCGGGGAGGGCAGGGAGGGCAGGAAGUCAGAUGGGCAGAAAAGGUCGGAGCGUGAAAAGGAAACAGCGAAGGGGAGCAGCAGGGGAGCAGCAGAAAGGGCGGGCGCUUUACCGACGAUGAGGAUCCGGACGGGAAAUCGAGCGGAGAGGAAGAAGGUGGGCGACCCUGAUGAAGACGAGGAUUCCGACGAUCUUGCCUCCGAUUAUGAAGACCUUGCCUCCGACUAUGAAGACGAUCACGAUGAUGAAGACGAUCACGAUGAUGUAGACGACCGCGAUGAUGUAGACGACCGCGAUGAUGACCGCGAUGACGAAGCCGACAGCAAUGAUGAAGACGACCAACAAGGCGGGAUCAAGAAGGUGAUCAAGAAGGAGCAGGAACGUGCCAGCGGUAAGAGCAAGGGCAAAGGGGCGGAUAGUGAAACGGACGAAGUCACGGACGAGGAAACUGGGCUGUGGGGGGACGUUGAUGACGGAGGAAUUGCGCACCUUGGCCGCGCAUUCGACGUGAAGGAGUCAGCCUACGACAUGUGGGAGGCCGCAUUCGCCACGGUCGGAGAGCUCGAAGAAGAAGGGCAUCUAACCACUCAAAAGAAGAGACGCAAGUUGGUCAUGCUGACCGACGCCGACCAGGCCAUGGCCGCGGCCUUGAGGGAGUGGAAGACCACCGUGCACCUGUGGUGCUUGUGGCAUCUCAACAAGAACGUGGUCAAGCACUGUUCCUCGUCCUUUUCUGACACGAAGACACGGGAGAAGAUGCUCCGUCUAUUCAGAAGCGCUGCGUACGCCGCUACGCCGGAGGCCUCCGCUACGUACCGGGCUGACCUGGAGAGGACCGUCAGGGGCAAGAAGUGCGACCAGUACAUCCGGGACCUUCUCGACCAUGCGAACUUGCUGCACCUGCUCCGUAGCAGAGCGCUCACGCUGGGCAUGGUUGCCACGCAGCGCACCGAGGGCAUGUUCUGGGUGGCGAAAAAGUCCGGGAUACACAAGAAGCUGUCUCUCUGCGCUCUGUGGGAUCGCCUCCAACAUGUGUACCAGACAAUGGACAUUGAGCACGGCAGCAACUCUACCACAUCACAGUGCGCCCCUGUCCACUGCACUCUGCUGGAGGCUAAGGACGAGCUCGGAGGAUCCCAGUCGUACGACGUAGAAGUCAUCUGCGUAGGAGCGGCGGACGACGAAGGUCACCCCUGCGCCCCUGUCCACUGCACUCUGCUGGAGGCUAAGGACGAGCUCGGAGGAUCCCAGUCGUACGACGUAGAAGUCAUCUGCGUAGGAGCGGCGGACGACGAAGGUCACCCCGUACCUCUGGAGGGUGGUGUCCUGCGUCAACAGCUUGAGGCCGCACACUUCGACUUCAACCUUUGCGAGGAAGCGCCGCCCGACGCUGACCUGGAAAUCGACUGCAAGCUUGGCCCUGAGGCUGAAUCGACCGAAGACAACACCGUUUGGGCGCGUACGUCUUUGGAGGCGCUGUUGCACCUCGUCAGCCGAGUUCCCGUCCAUCUUUCCGCCGCCGUGCGGUACAAGCUCACGCCUUCACGGCCGGGCCAUGUUGUGGUAUUCGGCCCGGGUGGCUUCUACUUGUGCUCUUGUCUGAAGCUUUUGCGCCACGGCCUACAAUGCAGGCACUACUUUGCCGCGCUAGUUCGCUUCAUCGGCGGCAAGAUGGAUGUGACCACGGCCAAGACGACAACUUCUGCGGGCCGACGUACGACGACGGCGGAGGGGAGGGCGGCGUGCACCCCGCAGAACGUGCGGCAAAAGCAGCCACGGAACGAUCGGCGAGUGACCAUUGCCGCGUGUUCGCGACUCUGAUGGUCAAGAACAAGGAAAACGUCACCGAAUAAUGAAGACGGUUCCACACGCCAAAGCCUUGGAGUACAGGCUGAACUGGACAAGUGGGUGAGGUUCCAGCUUGCCGAAGCUACCGGCGAGAACAAGAGCGGGAAUGCAGCGCAGGUAAAAGCGAAAGGGAGGCCUAAGAAAUCCAAGUCGGAGGGAUCAAAGCAGGACCGGCACGAUGACAACGGUGCGCCUGUCGACAGCGGGUCUGUUCAACCAGUCGGAAACCCGGAAGGGUGGAGGGACAAGAGCCGGAGGGAAAAGAGGAUCAAAGACGUCUCUGGUGCUGGGUCUGGAGCAAAGACCCGUCGGCCUACCAAAGAGAAAACGUGGUAGCGUACAACACGUAGUCCCUAGUAACAAAUCAACGGCCGGAACACAUCGAAUCGUGUGCCGCCUUUGUCAUCUCGUUCCCGGCGUUGCCAGUCCAUAUCACCUCUUGAGUGCUAACGCUGCACAGCUACCAGCGGACGUUGCAGGCUAAGCCUGAUGUUUGGAAUUGCACACGAGAAAGUACGCGCUAUGCGUGCUGUUUGGCCUUAUCUGUCUGCGCGAUUUUCCGUUUAACUUUCUGUCAUUUGCUAUUUUUUUCGCUGGGCCGUGUUUAUGUUGGGGCGUUCUUGUUUACCUACGUUAUGCAGGCGCAGCUAACCGAGUGUCGGACCUGGUCGUUAGCGUUGAAUACAAUGUUAGUCUUGCACGCAAUGUCUGUCAACAUCCUCUCCAA